GAAAGCAGAAAGCUGUUUAUUUUCUGUUACAUCACUUCUCUUGCCUUCGAAGACUGGUCUGGGCUCAGUGUUUUCUGUGAAGUGAGUCGGCUCUCUUCCUCCAGCAGUUGGCUCGCUCCCACCUCGCAGCACCUCACAGGUCUCUUCCCCCAGCAGUGCGCUGCCUGAGCGAGGAACAGCUCACGACUCAGCUGGAGGUCCCUGUUUUGAAAAAAAAAAAAAAAUAGCAGAUACAGAAGCAGAGAAGGGUGGACUCCUAUGUGACCUGUUCUUAGAGCAAGACAAUCAGCAGCUGAAUUCCAGAAACCCUGUUCAUGUGUGGGGAUAUUCUCUCGACUGCAUGGAAUCAGAAAGCAGCAGAAGGAUGGGAAAUGCCUGCAUUCCCCUGAAAAGAAUUGCCUAUUUCCUAUGCCUCUUUUCUGUGGUUUUGCUGACUGAGGGGAAGAAACCAGCGAAGCCAAAAUGCCCUGCCGUGUGUACUUGUAGCAAAGAUAACGCUUUAUGCGAGAAUGCGAGAUCCAUUCCACGCACCGUUCCUCCUGAUGUUAUCUCACUAUCCUUUGUGAGAUCUGGUUUUACUGAAAUCUCAGAAGGGAGUUUCUUAUUCACACCAUCGCUGCAGCUCUUGUUAUUUACGUCGAACUCCUUUGAUGUGAUCAGUGACGAUGCUUUUAUUGGUCUUCCACAUCUAGAAUAUUUAUUCAUAGAAAACAACAAUAUCAAGUCCAUUUCAAGACAUACUUUCCGGGGACUCAAGUCUUUGAUUCACUUGAGUCUUGCAAACAACAACCUCCAGACACUCCCAAAAGACAUUUUCAAAGGCCUGGAUUCCUUAACAAAUGUGGACCUAAGAGGGAACGCAUUUAAUUGUGACUGUAAGUUGAAGUGGCUGGUGGAAUGGCUCGGCCAUACCAAUGCAACUGUGGAAGACAUCUACUGUGAAGGCCCACCGGAAUAUAAGAAACGGAAAAUCAAUAGCCUCUCCCCCAAGGAUUUUGACUGUAUCAUUACAGAAUUCGCAAAGUCCCAAGACCUACCUUAUCAGUCGCUGUCCAUAGACACUUUUUCUUAUUUGAAUGAUGAAUAUGUAGUCAUUGCUCAGCCUUUUACUGGAAAAUGCAUUUUCCUGGAAUGGGACCAUGUAGAGAAGACCUUCCGGAAUUAUGACAACAUUACAGGCACGUCCACUGUGGUGUGCAAGCCCAUAGUUAUUGACACUCAGCUCUAUGUCAUUGUGGCCCAGCUGUUUGGUGGCUCUCAUAUCUAUAAGCGAGAUGGCUUCGCAAACAAAUUCAUAAAAAUCCAAGAUAUUGAAGUCCUCAAAAUUCGAAAACCCAAUGACAUCGAAACAUUCAAGAUCGAAGACAACUGGUACUUUGUCGUCGCUGAUAGUUCCAAAGCUGGGUUUACUACCAUUUACAAAUGGAACGGAAACGGAUUCUACUCCCACCAAUCCUUACAUGCCUGGUACAGGGAUACUGAUGUGGAAUACCUUGAAAUAGCCAGACCACCCUUGGCCCUCAGAACACCUCAUUUAAUCCUGUCCAGCAGUUCUCAGCGCCCUGUUAUUUACCAGUGGAGCAAAGCAACACAGCUAUUCACUAACCAAACCGACAUUCCCAACAUGGAGGACGUAUACGCGGUGAAGCACUUCUCUGUGAAAGGUGACGUGUACAUCUGCUUGACCAGAUUCAUUGGCGACUCUAAAGUCAUGAAGUGGGGCGGCUCCUCCUUCCAGGACAUCCAGAGGAUGCCAUCUCGAGGAUCCAUGGUGUUCCAACCUCUUCAGAUAAAUAAUUACCAAUAUGCAAUUCUCGGAAGCGAUUACUCCUUUACUCAAGUGUAUAACUGGGAUGCAGAGAAAGCCAAAUUUGUGAAGUUCCAGGAGCUAAAUGUUCAGGCGCCCAGAUCAUUCACACACGUGUCCAUUAAUAAGCGUAAUUUUCUCUUUGCUUCCAGUUUUAAGGGAAACACGCAGAUUUACAAACAUGUCAUAGUUGACUUAAGCGCAUGAGACACCAAACUCCACAGCUGCCAUCGGAAACUUUCUACCGUGCGUGACCCGGAUGAACUCAAUGCAUGAUGACUCUUCUUAUCACAGUUGCAGAUGAAUAUCUUUCAACAUUGAGACUGCUAAAGCCAAUACUACCAGUAUCACCAUCCUUAACGGUCCGGUCCAGUGGUGUGGGAAGUUACCUUUUAUAAGACAAAAGUUUCCUUAUGUAACUGUUCUUUGCAGUGACGAUGUGUAAAUAAGCGUUGAAUGGCAUCUGUUACUCCGAAAAGAAAUAUUCAUAUGUACUUUUCCAUUUAUUUAUUCACAUGUUCAGAAACAACUGCCAAAUAAAAUGUUUACAUUUUCUUUCGUAUCCCAAAGGUAAUUAAUUAUUUACAAGAGCUGUUUGAUUCCUGUUGAUUGUAUGUUGAGGAGAUAGUUUUAUACACUAGGAUUAUAUUUGGAUCAAGGAUUUAUUGUAUGAAUAUCGAGUAAAGAUAACAAAUGAAAAUAAUGUCCCAUAAUUUAUAAGCACCUUUAUCCGGGUUCUGUCCAUGGGUUUUGAAUACUCAGACGUCACGACGUUUAGGGACACUUAAAGGUGAAAGGGUAACACCCUUCAAUGAGAGGGAGUUUGCCUGUUAUGAUAAUGCUAACCUGUACUGAGAAGGAAGACCAAUCCUGUUCUAUCGGAUAGCCUGGGCUAAGUACCACUCAGCCAUUUUAUAGAAGAAAUUUCAGAUUUAGGAUUGAAAAGCUCCUGAUCUGGGACCUUCUGAAUAUCUAACUCUAGAGUCGCCUGACAGCUAGUAGAUUGUAACUUAUGGAGAGCACUUGCCUCCAAACAUGCUGGUUCUGGAGGCCUCUCUAUCUGGCAGAGGACAUUUUGCUUCUAGACACUGGAUUUGCUAUGACUGACCUGCCACACAGUGCCUGUGAGGCUCAUGUUUGAUUUUCUAGAUUCCUGCUUGUGGAUCACUUGAGUCAUUAGUAGCUAGCACAAUGCCUGUUAUGUACAUGUAGGCUCUCAAACAUUGCUUUUCAAAGGCUGAGGAUAUAGUUUCAUGGAAAAGUACUCAUGUGGCAUGUGUAAAACCUCGAGUUCAACCCCCAGCAUAAAACAGAAGAGUUUUGGGGGGGAACGAGUGACUCCUUCUCUUAUAAUAAACUCCACGGGUCCCUCUGACCUAUCGAGUACUUACUGGUUACUUGUUCAGAAUAUGGUGUGGUUGUGGGUAACUAAUACAGGAGGAGUGUGCAAUGCUUUCCCUCUGUAGUCUUGAAAAAGAUUGGCAGCAGGCUAAAUAUACAAAAACAUCUAUAGAUUAAGCAAUGAGUACAAAGAAUGACCUGAAAAUUCUAGAUUUUUAGUAUCAUGGGAACAAUCAGAGCAACUUUGGGGAAGCUAUGCUCUUUGUUUGACUUAAAGGGAAGUCAUAAAAGAAAGUGUGUAGGGAAGACAUUGUGGGCACAAACUGGUUGUGUGUGCUGCCUUUAUGGAGAGCUUUUGAGCUUGCUAUGUUCCCACUGGAUGGAGGUAGGCAGACAGCAGUACCCUUUGCCCAGGAUAAGUCUGGUAGCCUGAAGCAUCAGGGGUCUCCAUAAUAAUCACCCAGUCUCCAAAGAAGCAACACCCUAGGUCACCACGCACAAAGACAGAAUUUCAUUACUCUUCUAGAAAAGAUAGUAGAUUAGGCUUCAGAGUGAUAAGGAAGAGGACAGCUUAACUCCUGAUCAUUCGCUGGCCUUGGAAUGCCUUUUCCUUUGUUCUAAUAAGCAACAUCAUCGUAUGCUGCUGGAGGACGCCUGCACUGUACAGUCGGAGUUGAAAUCUAGCUCUGCCAUGCACAGGCUUUGUAACAGGCAAGAUCUUAACCAACCUGAGCCCACUUCUUCAUUUGUAAAGAUGGAUAACAAAACCUACUUCUGAGAAGAGGGAUAAAUGAGAAAACCCGUGAACAGCAGAUGGUAUUUUUCCAAAUCCAGCCCCUACCACACCUUGAACCCCCAUGCCUGUGAGACCCUGUCCCAAAUUCACUAAGAGGUAGCAUCGAACUCACCUGAAUGGUUGGUGACUUGCUGUUAAUACGUUGAAUUUGGUGAAAAUGAUAGUUUGGCUUCCACGCUAAGUCAUAAAAACCAUGAACUCUUUCCUGCCUUGCAAAUUGGAACACUUGCCUGCAGAGCCCAGAACAUCUGCAUAAGAAGUCUUACUAACCAGAGGCCAUUGUUCUUUGUUGAAAACCAAUCCCCUCGGAGCGACCACCUCCUGGUGCUCUGGUCAACAGGCCCAGCUGGUGUUGCAGCCAACAGCCAUCAUCAACCACCAGUCCUGUGAAGCCUACAUCUCCAGACUGUGUGGUCAAGUUCCUACCAGACAUCAGACCUUCCCACCUAAGGGGCAGCCAUUAAAGAGCAGCAAGCCAUCCACAAUAUCCCUGCCCAAAUUUGUGACCCGGACUCUAUGAGAAUAAUAAAGUGGUUGUUUUAAAUGGA